AUGUCCGACAGGAAGGCUGUGGAGCUGGUGAGGAAGGAUGUGAAGGCUCACACCACAGAAACAGCUGGGACUUCAGGAGGUAGCUGUCUACACUGGGGGCCCCAGUGUCAGCAGCCAGUGCCUAAUGGUUUGCCCAUCACUAUGGUCCUGCUCCCACACCUCACUGGGUCCUGGAUCUCAACUGGCUGCGAGGUUUGUCCAGGGCCAUAAUCGCUUACCUGUUCUUCCACCUUCUACUCCAGCUACCUCUUGUGAGCCUACCAGUUCUACUACAGGGACCCCGCCUGGCAGGAGCCUAGCCACUCAUUGCUCAUCAAGGGCAAAGUUCAUCUGUGCCAGGCCUCCUGGGUCACCCAGGGUACCACAGAGGCUGACCACCAUCUGCACAAGGUGGGCAUAGUCUUCCACAGCCAACACACCCUGCUUGACACUGAGGAGCUCAGUCAGACCCAGGCUGGCCAGGACUGUACAGGACGGCUGCCCCCAGGCCAGGCCUGGCUGCCAGGGACACUGUAUGAGAUCCUGAGCUCCCGGGUCCCAGGUGACUACAUGGUGGCACUGGGCUUCAGCAUGCACGAACUCAGUGUGCUGCACCUGCAGUGUCACAUCCAAUGGCAGCCUGGGGUGGCACCCUAUCUAGUCGAGGAGUUGUUCCUUGGGGAUGUCCACACUGACUGGGCAGAGAGACAGCACUGCCGUCCCACUGGCUACCAGUGCCCCCUGCAAAGUGCUCUGUACCACCCUCGGCCCUGCCUGGCUUGCAGUCUCAUUGCCAGCUCUGACAAGCACCACCAACCUGUGUUGCCUUCCCCGCCAGCCCUGCCACUGCGCCUCGGUGGCCACUGGGUCAGCGUGGGCUGUGAGUCAAGGCCUGCAGACUACAAAUGCCCUUGGGAAGGGCACCACCACCAUUUCUCUGACCCUGCCUGCCACCAGCCUACCUUCACGGUGUUUGCAGCUGGCCACUACUUCAGAGGCACUCCAUCCCCCUGAGUCCAGAGUGGCACUGAGCUGAUGUUUGAGGUGACCCACACGGACCAGGUAACUACAGAGAUACUCAACUUCUCCAAGCCAAGCAGCUGUGGUGGCCCAGGGAUCUGGUCAGUAGGUACUGAGAGGGAUGUCACAACCACCAGUGGGUGCCUGCCCUUGGGCAUCAGGCUCCCACAUGUAGAAUACAAGCUGUUCAAAAUGGAACAAGACUCCCAUGGGCAGAGCCUGCUCUUCAUUGGACAGAGGCCCACAGAUGGGUCCAGUCCUGGCACUCCUGAGAAACACCCUACCUCCUUCCAAGCUCCCCUGCUGCUCUGCAAGAGGCAGGCCCAAGGGGACCCCAGGCCAUUAUGGCAAAGGCCUCCAAUGCAGAAGGUUCCCAUUGGGUGGUCAGCAUAUCUUCCUGUUAUUUCUCUCCCCCGUGCUACUCAAGGACUGGCCCUCUUUGAAUGA